UUAACAGGGUUAAUUCAUUAUUUUCACUCACAGUUUACAUUUUUUCUCCUCUCAGAUUCGUCGUACAGGGAGGGCGAGGGCGACCAGGGGCCGGGCGGUAAAUCCUCCAGCAUCAUCGGCUCCGAGGGGGCCCUGUUAGCAUGCAUCAUCUCGGGCAGCGUCAUCUUCAUUGUCAUCAUCAUCAUGCUGGUCCUGCUGUUGCUCAAGUACCGGCGGCGGCACCGCAAGCACUCUCCGCAGCACGGCACCACGCUGUCUCUCAGCACGCUGGCCACGCCCAAACGGGGCAACAACAAUGGCUCGGAGCCCAGUGACAUCAUCAUCCCUCUCAGGACUUCAGACAGCGUCUUCUGCCCGCACUACGAGAAAGUGAGCGGAGACUACGGUCACCCGGUGUACAUCGUUCAGGAGAUGCCCCCUCAGAGCCCUGCCAACAUCUACUACAAGGUCUAAACUCACCUCCCUGGCAGGGCGCUUUUUGGAUUGGUCCCUCCUUUCCCAUCUCUCUGUUAUUGUUCUUGUUGUUUUUACAGAAACGUUACUAUUGUGGUUAUUAUUCCUUGUUGCUGGGAUUCGUUGGAGAACACAAAAAGAAAAGCUGCUCGCUGGGGAUUUUUGGGGGAAUACCUCCUAUCCGCUCCUCUUCUCUCCCAGCAGCGUGUUUGUGUGUGUGGACAGACGGACGGACGGAAAGACAGAUGGAUAGUUGGAGAGACAGAAAGAUGCCCCCCUACACGUGUUUGUUUUGGAUACACAGAAGGAAAAGAGGAGUUGACCCAAACCUCCCUGGAUAUCCUGCUCUGGGAUUCUCCCCGAGAGAGACUACUGCUGGGAAAGAGAGGGAAAGAGACAACGGAGGGAGAAAGAGAGGGAUGGCAGAGAGAGGAAAAGGAGAGAAGGGGUGGACCAUGAACUCAUGUCAGUAAUGGCAGUUAGCCCCUCUGUCCAGAGACACUUUGUGGAUUCAGUGACGGGAGCGGAAAUAUCCACUCUGGGACAAUCCCAAUUGACACACGGACAUCAACUUAUCACCCACACAACCACCCACUCACCCUAUCACCCACCCACACACCCACAUACUCACCCACCCACGCACACCCACUCACACACCCACAUACUCACCCACUGUCAGUCAUUGUGAACUGUUCAGACCCUCGUACUAGUUACGACCCAUAUUUCCCUCAUCGUUCCGACCACACCUUUUACUUUCUUGCAUCAUUAAUCGUUACCGUGGUUACUUAAAAAAAGGUUUUGGAGAAGAAGAAAAAAAUACGAUUCCUUUUUAUAGCGUCAGAUUGUUGGUUCAUUCCUGGUAUCGUUCAACUUGCAGAUAGAUACAUUUU